CGGGAAACUUGCCGACAAAGUCCGGGACCAUGAUAACAUCUCCUUAUUGUAAAAGAUUAUAUUGUAUGAACGCAAAUGUAAUUGCCUUUUUAUCCGGUAAGGCUUAUCGGAAGCAAGAUGCAAGGGUGCUCCUCCUCGGUCCUUCCAAUCGCCAAGAGGUUACAAGGCAAGGUAGCACUAAUAACCGGGGGAGCAAGAGGCAUCGGCGAAGCCACCGCAAGACUUUUCCUUCGCCACGGAGCCAAGGUCAUCAUCGCUGACGUCCAAGACGAUCUCGGACGUUCCCUUUGCAACGCCGUCCAAAACCCCAAUAUUUCCUAUGUUCACUGCGAUGUCAGUAACGAUUCCAACGUUCAAACCGCCGUCAAUGUAGCGGUCUCGCAGCAUGGAAAACUUGACAUCUUGUUCAGCAAUGCCGGCAUCGUUGGCAAUUUGAACCCUUCAAUCCUGUCCCUUAAUCUUGAAGACUUGAAGAGGGUUUUCGAGGUCAACGUCUACGGUGCUUUCUCUGCUGCCAAACACGCCGCUAAGGUAAUGAUUCCUGAAAAGAAAGGGAGCAUCAUCUUCACCUCUAGCGUAUCUUCGGUGAUUCAUGUGGUUACACCGCUUGAUUACGCUGCAACGAAGCACGCAGUGGUGGGUUUGACGAAGAACUUGUGCGUGGAACUGGGUAAACAUGGAAUCAAAGUUAAUUGUAUUUCACCGUAUGCGGUGGCGACCACUCUUCUAAUGGGUGGAAUGGGGAUGGACAAAGAAAGUGCAGAGAAAGUGUAUUCAGAGGCGGCGAACUUGAAGGGAAUGGUUAUGAAGGAGGAGGAUGUGGCAGAAGCAGCUUUGUUUCUGGCCAGCGAUGAGUCCAAGUACGUGAGCGGAUUGAACCUAGUUGUGGAUGGAGGUUACAGUGCAACCAAUGUUUCUGUUGAAGAAGCUAUGAGAAAGUUUUCUGCUAAGACCAAAUUGUAAGCUUCAAUUUCUGGGUUACUUGGAGUCAAAAGCUGCUCUCUUUUUAAUGUUGACUAAAUAAAGUCAUUCCAGACUUUGGAUGAACCUAUGAAUUAAAUUCAUUUCCAUGGUGGAAAGCUUGGGUGCAUGUAUUAUUGCCAAUUAAUAAGUGAUGGUAUCAGUAUCAGCUACUUAUUGUAUUUAUAAAAGAUAUUUACAUCUCUCUCCCUCUCCAUUUUUAAGAAUUUACCCUCUCCCUUUUUAAGAAU